AUGCUUGAGCCGUUUUCUCCAAUCGAGUUGCGUGAUGAAGGACCUCCUCCUCCUGAGUCUUCUGAAGGACCUCCUCUUCCAGGCCAGCGCAUCAUGGGAGGUCGUGAGGCAACUCCAUUCACGCGCAAGUACCAGGCUUUUCUGAGAGCAAAACGUCAUUUCUGUGGGGCUGCUAUCAUCAGUGACCAGUUUGUCUUGACAGCUGCCCACUGCGUAGCCCGCACUGACUACACAAUGGUUGUAAUUAUGGGCAUACACGAUCUAAGGAGGAAGCAAAAGUUUUCCCAGGAGAUUAUCGUUGUGGGGUCAUUCAUCCAUCCUGAAUAUGGCAACGGAUUCACGAUCAGCAAUGACAUUGCUGUUGUGAAACUGCAGAGGAGGAUACGUUAUCAUCGUAAUAUUUCCCCUAUUAAAUUGCCGACUCGGGACAUAGACUUGAAUACGCCUAUAGUGGUCACCGGCUGGGGAAAAACUUCGGCGACGGAUCGAAAUCAACCGACUACUCUCCGAGAGAUAGUUUUCCGGACCAUCUCUUAUCAUGAAUGCAAGAACCAUUAUAAAUGGAUGGGCAAUGACAUGUUCUGCGCAAGGGCGAAGGAGACGUCUGCGCUCUGUAAAGGCGACACAGGGGGUCCAGCGAUGCAUGAUGGCUAUCUCGUGGGCAUCGUACCCGUCAUCACGAACGACUGUAACAGUGUGAAGAAGCCUCAAGGAUUUACCAAGGUUUAUCAUCAUGUCAACUGGAUUAAGCGUGCAAUGCUUGAUAAUUACACGAUUCCCAAUGGAUGCAAUAUUUUGGAUUUGUCUUUAGUUCUUAUUGUAUUGGCUCAACUCUUUGUGUACUGGAUAUAGGAGUUUUUUUUUAUACUUCUUUUGUUCAUCAAUGUAUUC